AUGGACAACGUCAAGACACCCAUCGUCUCAUUCCUCAACAAAGACAGUUGUACUAGAGCAAGCACAAAAGCGGCGGGCAAUCACUCUACGUUGCAAAACUAUCGUGCGCGUCUCGCCAGUGCUCAUUACUCUCAGGUCCUCGAAGCUGCAUUCUCCCCCGCGAAGUACGCCGUUUUCUCGACACUGGGAUCAUGUUUUCUAUCCUGGAAUGGCACGCCAAUAAUGUCGCAGUCGGUUUCGCCGAAGGCCAUAUCGGCAAAGGUCGGCUGCCUCGGUGGAACGGUGCUGACGAUCCUAUACCUUGUUCUUCUCCUCGCUCGCACCGCACACCAUACCUCGAAAGAAGACGAUACGCCGGACAUGACGAACUGGAGGCGCUCGGUGACGGUGGUGCUGGAUGAGAUGUUCUACAGCACCGUUGCUUCGGGUCUGGGGGCCGUUGUCUACUUGAUGACUUCUUCGCCACCCCCGGUAGACCCUUUGGCACAAAUGGUUGCUGGUGCCUUGGGACCCUUACUCCUGGUCCUGGUCUUCCUUUCCUUGAUGUUGGCCGCUUGGGUCUUGGUGCGGUUGUACAACUUAUUCAUGGACUGGUAUACUGGGUACCUGUAA